CUCGUGGCGUCGCUAGGAGGUUACCGAAUUUUACGUAUUGCUUUCUCUUUGGCGUGUAGACCACGAGAACACGUUCGUCAUCCAUUGUAUAAAUCCGUUUAGCAAUGGCUCCAAGGGUAGAAUUGGCUAUCGGCCUUAACAAAGGCCACAAAACCACCAAAAUCAGGGUAGCAAAAAACCCAAGUGAAAAGGAGAAAACGGUUGUUGUCCGACCAGCUAGACUGAAAGGCCGUCAGACCAAGCACAGCAAGUUUGUACGUGACCUCAUCCGUGAAGUCUGCGGACACGCUCCCUAUGAAAAGCGUGCUAUGGAGUUAUUGAAGGUCUCGAAAGAUAAAAGAGCUCUGAAAUUCCUUAAGAGGAGGUUGGGAACACAUAUCCGUGCCAAAAGGAAGCGUGAAGAGCUUGGAAACAUCCUUGUACAAAUGAGAAAAGCUGCUGCCGCUCAUCAUUAAGUAGCAUUUUCUAUUUAUAAGGUUUCAAAAUAAAGAAAACUGUAAAAAAAA